CUGUUUUGGGACUCUCCCAUAGAAAACGAUGUCAGUUUGUGCUCUUGCAUAUACGGCUUUAAAAUCUCCAAGAUUCGCCAAACACUGAAACCAUGAAGGCCCCAGCAACAGGGUCCUUGAUUUUAGUGAUGUGACUGUGACAAAACUAUCAUCGGCACUUGUCAACUUUUCACUGAUGAUGAUGAUGAUAAAACUGGUGGAAACUGGAAAGAACAUCUAGAGUAGAUGUUUGUAAUUCAGAGUGGAAAUAAAAGUUCCAGAGAAACUGGGAUAUUAGAGAUGCUAGAAAGGGGCAUAGUGAUGUCUUUGCAGACACUAAAUCACCCUUCAUUAUUACUGAGUGGUAAUAACUUUAUAAAGAGGACUCAGACAUGGUGCAGAGCGAGAACAAAUUCAAGCACAGCUUUACAGUUAUCUUCUGAUGAGAGUAGAAACUAUGCGGAACCAGGUACUUCCCUUGUGAUAUGUCAAAGCUCUGGUCCCCUACUAAGCCAACCAAACACUAUUGGUGUAAUAGGAGGGGUAUCAGUUCUAUCAACUCUGAUUUUCCUGGAAAAGCUUGCUUGUUGGGGUUCAAGAGAUGGUAAAGAAUGUCCACCUUUUGUUGUUUCCAGUGAUCCUGUGUUAAGCAAAUUACUUUCAUUGCGUGGUCCCCUCCCUUCUGCAAGGACCAGAAUUGAUCGAAUCAAAUUGAAUCAGGAGCUGGUGAUUGAGAAUUUGCGGUGCAAAAGGGACUUUCUUCAGCAGUCUGGAGCUCGGGGUUUGGCCAUGCCUUGCCAUCUCUCACAUGCAUGGCACAGUGAAAUUUCUGAGGAUAGUUCCCUACCCUUUCUCCAUGUUGGUGAUUGUGUGGCCAUGGAACUCAAGAACGCCAAGUUGAAGCCAAUUCAUGCUGCAGGGACUGUGAGAAUUGGACUACUGACUACAGAUUCAAAUUUUGUGGCUAGCUAUUACCAGGAGAAGCUUCAAAGUCAGGGAUUUGAAGUAGUGUUGCUAGACAAAGCAACUGAGGAACAUGUAUUGGGUCCUGCAAUGGAGGCAAUGUACAGAAAGGACGUAGAAGGAGCAAGGAAUUUAUUGAGAAUUGCAAUCCAUGUUCUUUUGGUCAGGGCAGUGAACGUGGUGCUUCUGGCAUCUGAUGAUUUACUGGGGGUUCUCCCUCACAAUGACCCUCUUCUAAGGAAAUGUGUAGACCCCAUGGAUGCUUUGGCCAGGUCCACUAUACAUUGGGCAGAAACAACAGCAAAGGUACACAACAAAUUUUAGUAUUCCUUUUUUCCAAAAGCCUGGCAUAAUGAUUGGAGCAUUUCUGUAAAAAAUGAAGAGUACGGCUUAAUGUAGAUAGAACUUCUCCUCUGCACUGCUCCUUUCUUUGUUAGAUAGAAGAAUAAAAAGAUAAAUUGCGGUGUAGUUUGGUGUGGAAAAUUAGUAUUACAUCAUUUGCGAGAAUAACACAGUGAUAACUUGAUAGCUGUAGCUUGUCUGCGGUACCUUGUUGAAUAUGUUGCAGAUUUUGGCGUGCCUUAGUUUGUAUGCACUAAAAAUCUCUCGAUAGUUCCUUGGCAACUAUUCGAGUUUUGAUUUUGUCAUAAAAUCACUUAAUGUAACGGAGGAUACCCAUUCUAUGUCUCUUAGAUAUAGCAGGAUACCACAUUCUGAAAUAAUGACAUUUGCCAAUCACUAGAAAGCUAGAAAAUGUUGGAACGCAAUGCAUGAUUCUCCUUCCACCUUCAUCCGCAACAUAAGAAGCCUUGAAUUUUGGAGUUCAACAACUCUCCAAAACGGAACUUCCAAAAAAUGUCUGAUACUAUCCUUGCAUGAGGGAAUCCGGCCAUACAAGCAAAGAAAUCACGUGGCCUGCAUUAGGCAUAGUAAGUUAGGCACUAGAAGAGUGCAUUACUAAAUACUAACUCCCAACACUAGAUU